UAGAGAACAGACAAGGAAGAGAAGAAUCAGAGAAGCGGAGAAGAGCUUCCAAUAAUGUUCAAUGUUUGUAAAAUCAGCACCAACAGCAGUGCCACCAUCGCAAGAAGAAGAAGAAGAAGAAGAAGAAGACGAAGAAGAAGAGGAGGAGGAAGACAGAGGAAGAGAAGACGAAGAGGAAGAGGAAGAGAAAAAGAGGAAGAGGAAGAGAAAGAGGAAGAGCAAGAGAAAGAGAAAGAGGAGGAGGAGGAGGAGGAGGAGGAGGAGGAGAAGGAGGAGGAGGAGGAAGAAGAAGAAGAAGAAGAAGAAGAAGAAGAAGAAGAAGAAGAAGAAGAAGAACAACAACAACAACAACAACAACAACAACAAGACGAAGACGACGAAGAAGAAGAGAGGACAAAGACGAAGACGACGAGGAAGAACAAGGAGAAGAAGAAGAAGAAGAAGAACAAGAAGAAGAAGAAGAAGACGGAGAAGAAGAAGAAGACGAAGAAGAAGACAGACGAAGACAAAGAAGAAGAAGAAGACGAAGACGAAAACGAAAACGAAAACGAAAACGAAAACGAAAACGAAAACGAAAACGCAAACGCAAACGAAAACGAAAACGAAGAUGAAGAUGAAGAAGACGACGACGAGGACGAGGACGAGGACGACGAAGAAGACAAAGACGACGACGACGACGAAGAAGAAGACGAAGACGAAGAAGAAGAAGAAGAAGACAUGACGACGACGAAGAAGACGAAGACGAAGAAGACGAAGACGAAGACAAAGACGAAGACGAAGACGAAGACGAAGACGAAGAAGAAGAAGAAGAAGAAGAAGAAGAAGAAGAAGACAAAGAAGAAGACAAAGAAGAAGAAGAAGAAGAAGAAGAAAAAGAAGAAGAAGAAGAAGAAGAAGAAGAAAAAGAAGAAGAAGAAGAAGAAGAAGAAGAAGAGGACAACGACAACGAAGACGAAGACGGCGACGAAGAAGACGACGACGAGGACGAGGACGAGGACGACGAAGAAGACAAAGACGACGACGACGACAAAGAAGAUACGACGACGACGAAGAAGACGAAGACGAAGAAGAAGAAGAAGAAGACAUGACGACAACGAAGAAGACGAAGACGAAGAAGACGAAGACGAAGACGAAGACGAAGACGAAGACGAAGAAGAAGAAGAAGAAGAAGAAGAAGAAGAAGACAAAGAAGAAGACAAAGAAGAAGAAGAAGAAGAAGAAAAAGAAGAAGAAGAAGAAGAAGAAGAAGAAGAAAAAGAAGAAGAAGAAGAAGAAGAAGAAGAAGAAGAGGACAACGACAACGAAGACGAAGACGGCGACGAAGAAGACGAAGACGACGACAAAGAAGAUACGAUGACGAAGAUGAAGACGACGACGACGACAAAGAAGAUACGACGACGACGAGGAAGAAGAAGAAGACGACGAAGAAGAAGAAGAAGACAAGAAGAAGGAGAAGAAGAAGAAGAAGAAGAAGAAGAAGACGAAGAGAAAGAAGAAGAAGAAGAAGAAGAAGAAGAAACGAAGAAGAAGAGGAAGAAAAAGAAGAACAAGAAGAAGAAGAAGAAGAAGAAGAAAAAGAAGAACAAGAAGAAGAAGAAGACGAAGACGAAGAAGAAAACGACGAAGACGAAGAUGACGAUGAAGACGAAGACGACGACGACGACGACGACGAAGAAGAAGAAGAAGAAGAAGAAGAAGAAGAAGAAGAAGAAGAAGACGACAACGAAGAAGAAGAAGAAGAAGAAGAAGAAGAAAAAGACGACGACAACGAAGAAGAAGAAGAAGAAGAAGAAGAAGAAGAAGAAGAAGAAGAAGAAGAAAAAGAAGAAGAAGAAGAAGACGAAGAGGAAGAAGACGAAGAAGAAGAAGGAGGAGAAGAAGACGACGACGACGAAGAAGAGGACGACGAAGAUGACGACGAAGAAGACGACGAAGAAGACGACGAAGAAGACGACGAAGGAUAAGAAGGCGAAGAAGAACAAGGCGAAGAAGGCGAAGAAGGCGAAGAAGGCGAAGAAGAAGGAGGCGAAGAAGGCGAAGAAGAAGAAGGAGAAGAAGAAGAAGGCGAAGAAGAAGAAGGCGAAGAAGAAGAAGGUGAAAAAGAAGAAGAAGGCGAAGAAGAAGGCGGCAAAGAAGAAGAAGGCUAAGAAGAAGGCGAAGGCUAAGAAGAAGGCGAAAAAGAAGGCGAAGAAGAAGGCGAAGAAGACGGCGAGUGAGGAAGAAUGCGAAGGCGAAGAAGAAGGCGAAGGCGAAGGCGAAGAAGAAGACGAAGAAGAAGAAGAAGAAGAAGAAGAAGAAACGGCGAAAAAGGCGAAGAAGAAGACGAAGGCGAAGAAGAAGAAGGCGAAGAAGAAGAAGGCGAAGAAGAAGAAGACAAAGGCGAAGAAGAAGAAGAAGAAGAAGAAGAAGAAGAAGAAGAAGAAGAAGAAGAAGAAGAAGAAGACGAUGAUGAAGAAGACGAAGACGAAGACAAAGACGAAGACGAAGACGGCGACGACGA